CUGCUUUAAGAAAUACAAAUGACGGCACAGUGUAAAGUGUAAUACAACAAGCCAAUUACUACCGAGCUAAUUUCACCCAUGUAUUCAAACGUUUAAACGUUACUCGACUAUCGUCGUUCCUUUUCUUCGAUUCAGUUUCUUCGAUAUCCUGUGAAAAUUUUGUCCGUAAACGCGGAAUUACUGCAGCUCGUCGGUGAGCGAGUAAAUUCGCGAGAGGCCGUCUAGUUGCGAGCGUAAGUGCUGCUUCCACGUUGCACGGCGGAUUGCUGAGCUGCAAUUGAGUACCACUUCAAUGUGCUUACACUCGCGAGUAUUAUACGUACAAUGCAUCGCUGCAAUUAUCGUUAUAUAGGACCUCCUAUCGCCAUAUAGGACCACAAAGAGCACUUCGUUUAUUUAAUCAGUUCGACGCAUUUGUUCCCCGCGAAAUUGGAAACCCCUCCGCCUGUUCUCGUCAUAUCCAUCUCUCUAUUUUUAUAUAUCAUCUCGCUCUGUCUCUUAUUUAAAAAUUCUUGUUCGUUUAAACGGACUAACACGUGCGCCGCAAGAAACAUUUGAUAUUUUCUUCUAACAAAACAAAAACCAAAAAAAAAGAUACUAUUCGAAUCGAGCAACCUCCUCCUCUUCGAAGUCGGUUAAAAAUUAGAUUUUUGUUGAAAUUUUUCAAAAAGUUAUUUUGCUGUUAAGUAGGAUUCUGAUUCCGUUUGCCGAGAUUCUUCUAAAAAAAACUUUCGACUAUUCUCGUAGAAUUAAUAAAGUUGAUUCUGUCAAGAGCGAAGUACUAUGUCACGUGGUCCGUUCCCCCACUCCGCGGCCGAAGCGAGGAGAGACGCCAGUUGUCGGCAGAGCGUAGAGGAUAGCAGAUCUUCCCGUCUGCGCUGUCGCGGAGCGCGCAUCCCAAUGGGAUCGAGGUGGGGGAAGCUCUUGGGCACACGUGCCGGUCCGUGGCCGCGUCUGGUGUAUACAUCGAACGUUCGUCAGUUUUGAUAUCGACUAUCGGCGACAAUAGAAGCUAUUUUCAACUUUUCGGACAUAAAAGCGUCUCGACGCUGAUCGAAACAGAACAAAGGCGCGCUAUUUCGGACGCGCUCUCGUGUUCUUCUUGUUCCCUUUCUAAUCACUACGACGAUGCGACAUUUUCAUCCGAAGCGCCGAGUAAUUCGCGAGGAAAGAGAAGGAUUUUUUUCGUAACCCGAGACACGACGACGCGAAGAAAAAUAGCACCGCGGAGACAAUAGUGCGUGACGUGUACCUCGAAAGUGAAGCGAAGUGAUAGAUCCUCCUUUGCUGUCCGAGUCAUCGAAGGAAUAGCGUCGACGAUCGUCCAGCCUGUCGCGAUGCACAACGACAAAGAGCGAGAAGGAUUUUAUUUCGAAGAGGGCACGCAACGCGAUCGAGGACGUUAUCACGUAUUAACGAAUGCUCGACGACUACGCAAUGUGUUCGUAGCGUCGAGGUGGUGGACGACGAGCGAGAGGAUAGCAACGUUUCCGCGCACGUAUAGACGCACACGUGCACGCGUCCCGGGGAAAUGAAUGGACACGGCAACCACGGCAGCAUCCUAUCUAGAAGGCAUCGCACGGACUGAUUCCAAACGUUAAAUGUACCCCCAGGAAUUCAGGUUUCGCCCGAGGCUCCCGCGAAUCUGGGAUGGCUUCGAGCAAUGAUGACAUCGGAUUAAGCCCGGCCAACAAGAAGCACCGACGUACCGCGUCGUUCGUAAAAGUAGAUAGAUUUUAAAUCGAGUCUCUGUCCAGGGACGGGGAGGAGGCAACGCGUAACUCCGUUACCUCGAAAAUAAUCCGUGGCUUAUCGAAUUCCGAUGCUAUAAUGGAAGUACACGAGGCGAGGCGGUAAUAGUUUUCUCGACCUCUCCCCCUCGUCCGUCUCGGGAGGCAACGAACUAGAGAAAAUCGGAUGCCAACGGAGAGCCAAAGUCGGCGAACAUCGACGUCUCACCGCGACUUUCGUUGAACCGUGAAUCGUUCGGAAGUUCUCGUCGAAACUAUCGCGAAAAUGUAAGUACGCCCUGUGGCCAACACGGGGAAGAGAGACACGCGUUACACACAGGAAUUCGGAACGUUCCGGCCGGGGAAUCCCAGGAGUAAAUCCACGAAGUAAACCACGAAACCGUCCCCAAAGAUCAGGCCAGUGAUAUAACCGAGUCGCGCGACCAAAGGGAAAUGCAACAGAUGCCGACGAUAAGCUCGACCGGGCAGCAACAGGGAUCCACGGGAAAGCAACGCCGGUGCCCCCCGUGCGCGCCUCUAGGAAUGUAAUAUUCGUCUCGCGUUACGCUAGCCAAGGCCGAAGGACUCGCGCGCAGGCCAGCGCCCCGGGAUCCCUAUCCUCACAAGUGUCCUUACGUCGCUGCGCCAUUAAUCGUCCGCGGUUAUGGAAUGAACCGAUGCUGGCCUGAGCUAAACGGCUGUCAUCCGUGGUCCAGGUUCUACCCUGCGUCGUCAUGACCCCGACGAUGCGUCUUCUCCUGUCGACGCUACUGCUGGCAUUGUCCUGCACGACCGUUUGCUCCGCGAGCGGCGACGGCGGACCCAACUUUCCAAUCUUCAACCUGGACAACACCCAGCUCGAGAAGAACUUGGCGGAGAUAUUCAACAAGGUGGCGCACAGCUCGGCUACCACAAAGCGCAGCGUACCCGCCUACGAUGCUCAAGUGUCGGCCAGCACGACCCUGUCGACGGUACCCUCGUCUCUGACCACCACGACCACCGCCGCGACGACCAGCCCGUCGACGCCUCCCGCGAGGUAUCCCGUACCCCCUCAGAGAAAUCCCGUGCCCAGACCAACCGUGUCCCCAACUUUUAGAGAACUGCCCUCGUAUGCUCCCCCUUCCCGCGCCCUCUUCACGCCGCCGCUACCGCGAGAGUAUCUCAAUCCGUUCGCCAACAAGCCCACCCUCAGGGGAACCAACUCCGACGCUCACUCGGGCCUCAAGAGACCCGUGCCGCCGCCCAGCGGUACCCCAGCCCACGAACGGAUACCCAUCAGGCCUCCCGACCUUCAGGGCUCUUCCCAAGUACCAGAGAGGCACUCUCACUCUAGGAACAAGCCGCUGAACAUCCCCAGCAAGGAGCAGAACGCGGUCGAGUCCGGCGAGCUCGACAGGCGAAACAACACCAACGAGUUCGUCCCAACGUUGCAUUACCCGAGCAUCUCGAGGAUACUCUCCGGCAGCAACGGCCGCAAACAGGACAUCCCGGAGAUACUCCUGAAGCCUCUGCCUACAAAAACCCCGCCGCAGAAUGCGCCCGUGGCCCCUACCACCGAGAAGAUGACGACGAUGUCGACCACCACGACGAGAGCCUCCAGCCAGCUGGACUCCUCCAAGUCCGUCACUCAGCCGACGAUCUUCAAUCUGCCCAACACGAGGCGGCACGACGACGACGGCUACCCAGGACUUCGCAACGAGAACGGCUACAAGACGGAGAACAUCGAGAUUGUCGACACAGAAAGGCUGCCGUAUCCCCAGCCUCAACCCCCGGCGCCGCCGCCGAAGAAGAGGCCUAACGACGACGAGAAUCGCGUGGUGCCGCAGAUCGACACUCAUUCCCUCGAGUCCACCUGGCGGAUCGCUUGGUCCCUUCACGUCUACGUCGCGGCGAUUAUGUUCACCCUGAUGGCUCUCUACUCGAUAUACAAGAUCGUCCGUUUCAACGAAGCAACGAAUCUGUUGACGCAGUCGUACUUCCUCGCGGUUCACUUGCUGCUCACGACCGUCUGCACGCUAAGAUGCUUUCAUCUCUUUUACGACGCUUACAACCUCGGCCACUCGCUGCCGGAGCCCCUGUCGCGGGUGUUGAUGUACCUGCCCGCUCCGCUACUCUCCACGGCGUUCGCCACCCUGGUGCUCUACCUCGCGCGAUGCUCGGAGGCGCCAGCUCUGAACAACAGGUUCCUCUCGCCAGCUGGGCUGGUAAUGGCCUCGACGGUGCACGCGGUGCUCUGCGUCUCGUUGCACGUGUCCACGCACGUGCUGGGUUACCAGGACGUAGCGAAGAUAUUGCCGUUGAUCUGCCAGUGCAUCUACAUCAUCGUGUGCGUGACCCUGGGCCUGGGCUACAUGUACGUGUACCGGGUGGUGCGCUCGCAGAUCCACAUCGCGAGCAACAAGGCGGCAGGAGCGAAUCACAUGGUCGGGGCAGAUCCUACCACGGUGGCGUUGAGCACCGCCAUCACCACCAGCAUCGCCACCGCGUUGUUCUUCAUCAUGAUGGGCUUCGUCCAGCUGUACGGGAUCUUCGGAAACGUUCAGGAACGACCGCAGUCUUAUCCCUGGCUUUGGUGGGGCUGGCAGUUCUCCGUUAGACUGCUGGAGUUGGCUGUGUGCGGUCUCCUCGCCUGGGUAGCCAGCCUGUCCCAGUACCCGUUGCGGGAAAAGCAGCUGCAACAGCACCCGGUGCACUCCGGCUUCGCUCUGUUUCCCUGCGGUAGCUCGACCUCCACCGAGAAUAUGGACGACGUGCUUUACCCCGCUAUCUGCAGCACCAACCAGGCGAUUCAGAAUUACACGAUGAGAACGGGGAAACAGGUUUACGACGAUAGCUUCCCGCUGAACACGCUACCCGAGCAUUUGAACAUAUCAGGUACAUUCGAGAGACAUUCCAUUCGCAAGUCAGGCACCAUGGGCCAUUUCCCACACGAAGGUCGCGGCUCGUUAAACCGGCACGGUAAUGGGAUACAAACUCUGAGGAACUCCGAAAGUCGCGGCAGACACACGCCUGUCCAGGGUCUGCACGAGCAAACACCGACAACCGGUUCAACGAUGCUGGUCGCCGAGGACGGAUUUGUCAGGUUCCGCAGUCUCGGCGCCGAGGACGACGAACUGUCGGAUACGCCCAGCGUGGUCGGCACCCACGGCAGAGGAAGCUCGCUGACAGGCAGCGUGAGAUUUAACGCUAGACACCCGACGCUGCAGCAUCAACACCAGCAUCAGCAUCAGCUUCAACAUCCCCAUCAGCAUCAGCUUCAGCAUCAACACUCGCUUCAACAUCCCCAUCCGAGUCAGCACCAGGCCCACCAUCAGUUGUACAACAACACGUAAAGUCUAGUUAUACGGCCGCCAGAUGAUAGAAAUUUGUUCCCCGUUGACUCGGUGCUCGUCACGAUCGUCAACGAAAUAAUAGAAUGUUCCGGGGCUGUCGCGACUACGGUCUAAAUUUGAACUAAUUUUAUCUUAUUCUAUGUAAGAUACGUCCUUGUGUAUAGAUACCUACUUGCCAUUCGCAUUCUCCUGCUUCGCAUCCACGUCCGAUCCGACGAACAAUUAGCCGUAUGGCAUCGAUAUUUAUUUGACGUUCUCGAUUAAGCGACGAAUUAAGAAGACGAAGAAGAGUGGAAAAAAAGUAUACGGCGAACUCGUGUCAAGAGUUCUUCUACCUGUUACGUGGGUAGUUCAGGGUAUCACGAAUCUUGACCUUAUAUUAGGCACUUGGUACUUAUUAAGGUUCAUGUGAUUAACGAAACGUUGUAAUCUCGCGAAACCUAUAGGGAGAAAAGCUUUCUUUCGUUUUUCCUUUCUUCGAGUAGCAAGGAGACUGGACAGUCGCGUCGUUCCGAAAUCGAGUCAUUUCCUUGGAAAUUGAUUUCAAGGUAGCGAAUACAAAUCCUGAUUUUCCCUGUUGUGCAGUGUUUAAACGUAUCUUAACUCUUUGUACUCCUAAGGCCAGCUGUAGUGCCCAGAUACAAUGGAACAAAGAACACGCAGGAGAAUAAAAACGUUGACAAACGCAUGUAUACGUCCAUAGUUCGCACCGAUGGCUUUCUCUGGACGCAUGUAUGCACGCAAAGAAUCGAUUCUCAGCGACGACUUUAUUUUGAAGCAAUUCGACUGGCUAAUCCUCUUAAGAAACUCGGCUGUGGAAUGUAUCGGUACAACACGUGAUCGUUGGGUGAGAAUGGCACGGUACGAACACGACUCGAUAGCUUUAUUUCAUUACCAUCGAUACUUUCCUAAUACGCGCGUUCUCGUGGCCAAGAAACUUCGCUCCUUAGAAUAAUUUAACCCUUUGCACUGUAAUCGUUUCCUUAGUUUAUCAAUUAUAUUAUUUAUUCUAAGGGAAAAUGUUUUCGUCCCGCCACGGUUAACCUCAUAGUGCAAGGGGUUAAUCUCCGCGCGUCCCCUUUCAUCAUGCUCGUUGGGUUGUUCCAAGCAAACAGAAACAAAUGGAAAAAGAGCACUGUGCAAAUUCGAAGUGCUCGGCGGUGUAAUUAAUCACCUGUUCGACCGAUACACGCGUCUCCUUCCUCGAGAUCCCGCGCAAGGUUCGACAGAAGGAAGUAUAUUUUGUAACGAAUAAAAAAAGACGAAAAAAAGUGGAAACUUAUUCACGUGGUCCAAAACACACACGCGCACGCGCGCACAUACAUACGGACACGCAUACGUAUGUACACGCGUGCACACGUACACAUACACACACACACACGUAAACGAGCGACUUGAAAAAAUUAUUGCGGUUCAACGAAAAUACGUAUCGAGCGAGUAGGAUGUGUGAUGAUUCUCUGCCUCGUGCUGAACGGAAGGAAGAAAAAGACUAAAAAAAGACUACGGGGCGUUGUACAAGUCGAUAAUAAUUUAUCACUCAGUCCAAUUGUAAGAUUUAUUUAGCGGUUAAGGUUGGAUUAAGAAUUCCCUGUUGAAUACAGGGUGUUCCGGCAACGGUGGUACAACCGUGCAACGAAUUGGACAUGAACAAAUACGUCGAAAGUGCCGAUUAAAAUCUUUUUAUAAGAGGCACCGUUUUCAAGAAAAUCGAGCUUGAAAGUGCAUCACGAUAACGCGUAAUAUCUUGAAGACGUGGCUUCAUAGAAAUGUAUUUUAUUUUUGCACUUUCGACUCAUCGUUUCACAAAGAAUCAUCCACUGCUCGGUUGUACUACCAUUAGCCAGAAUAUUCUGUAUAUUAAGUUACGUCGGUGUAGCCAGCAUGAGCUACCAUCUUGUUCGCUUGUAGAGACAGAUAUCAGCGAUUUCUGUUCAACGAAUCUAACACGCCAAGCGAUCAAGCGCGUAACGAUGUUCCCUCUCCGCGUCGGAGACCACGAAGAAUUGAACAACUUCGCACACAGGCCAGCAUUAGUUUGUUUCCUAAUUUGUUUUUAAUUUACUCGCGUCCACCACUAUUUCUGUACGCGUUUCCUUUUCCCGACCCGACCCCUGCACCCUCUUCCUACCCUUGAACCUGAAGGUACAAAAUAGUACUUUCCACCUUCUUCUCAACUUCGUAUAUCGAAUAAAAUAGAUUUAAGCGGUCAAGCGCAGUGUAUAUGUUUAUAUGGACAUUGUAAAUAAGGUAUACGGGCUCGUCGUGAGUAGAUAUUAUCGUUGGGAUAGAAUUCGUGCAGAUUCUAUCCGACACGCACCCCGGGAUUCACACAUACAAAAUAAAACACGCUCAUUCGCAUCAGCGCAAUACACGACUCAACAGAGAUGGACGGAACUCUCAUCGAGGUAACAAAUUUCAAAUAACCGACUCGAAUAACUCGUAUAAUGCAAGAUAAACCGCUGUUCGUUCAUCAUUUGCUCGAUAAAAAUUACAAUUUGGAUUGUAUAAUCGUAUUACGUUCUCACAUUAAACCCUUUAGUACCUUAUCCGAAUUAAGCGUUUAGUCGAAUAGAUAUCGCUAUUAGCUUUCAUUCGUAUCGUCUAUUAUUUGACCGAGAUUACGUCCAUCUCUGCACGACAUACAUACAGACACACAGUCGUACAUCGUUCUCAGUUGUAAAUGCAAGACUCGUUUUUAAUUUAUGUGAAGAAAAAAAGCUGUAUUUAUUAUGUGAAACAUUCCACAGCAAACGGCGAUCGGUCCGAUCGCAACCGAUUCUUUUGUGGGAUUUUACUGCAAUUUUAGAUUAACUAAUAGCGCUAAAGAAAGAGGAACAACAAAUGUAAAUAAAAGCUUUUUUGCGAAACACUU